AUGCCAGUGCUAGGCCGCAAGCUGCAGCUAGCAGCAGCUCUGCUGCUGCUGCUGCUGCUCCUUGGCCCGGGGCCGCAGUCUCCCACCUCCGUGGAGGCCCAAAGCGGACGCACUCGAAGGGCACGCAGCCUCCGCGGCCGCUCCGUGCGGCCUUCUGUCCCCGCAGCAGCAGCAAGGAGUCAGAGCGUGCGGCCGCCAGCAGCAAGGCCGCCGCAGCAGCAGCAGCAGCAGCAGCAGCAGCGGCCCGCCCACCCUCCGCCGCAGCAGCAGGUCCAGCGACAGCCGCAGCAGCCGCACCAGCAGCAGCAGCAGCAGCAGCCACACUGGCAGCAGCAGCACCCGCAGCAGCAGCAGCCACACGGGCAGCAGCAGCACCCGCAGCAGCAGCAGCCACACGGGCAGCAGCAGCACCCGCAGCAGCAGCAGCCACUCGGGCAGCAGCAGCAGCCGCAGCAGCAGCAGCCACACGGGCAGCAGCAGCAGCCGCAGCAGCAAGGGCAGCAGCAGCAGCCACAGGGACACCAGACGCCGGGACUUACUCCAGCUGCUUCUGGCCCUCCAUCUGCUGCUGCUGCUGCUGCUGCUGAGAAGCAAAUUCAGCCCCCCCCAGCCCCUGCAGCAGCUGCAGCAGGAGCGCCUCAAGCUGCAGCACCUGCAGCAGCGCAGCAGCCCGCAGCAGCAGCUGCUGCUGCUGCUCCCACGCCCUAUGGGUUUUCUUCGGGCCCUGCUGCUGCUGCCCCACAGCCGCCGCCGCCCGCCUAUCCCUACCAAACCUUUCACCCGCAGCAGCAGCAGCAGCAGCAGCAGAAGCAGCAGCAGCAGCUGCUGCAUGAGCAGCAGCCGUACGGGCAGGGCCCUCACUUCGCGGGCCAGGGGCCCCCUGCUGCAGCGUGGGGCCCCCCUGGGGCCCCAAUGAGUGGCGCGGCGCAGCCAGCUGCUGCUGCUGCUCCUGCUGCUGCUGCUCCUGCUGCUGCUGCUCCUGCUGCUGCUGCUGGGCCUUCGCUGACCCGCACAGCUGUCACUUCUGCUGUUGGUGCUGCAGUCGGCAGCAUGGUGGGAACUGCUCUUACGAAUUCGCUGAUGGGCCGUCCUGGAAGCCAGGAGAAGCCUGCUGCUGAGCCUGCUGCUGCUGCUGCUGCUGCAGCAGGCAGCAGCAGCAGCAGCAGCGACGGCGCUGCGGCGGCGCCGGCUGCCGCCAGCAGCAGCAGCAGCAGCAGCGGCAGCACCAGCGGCGGCGACGGCAGCAGCAGCAGCAGCAGCAGCGGCGCCGACGAAGCCGCCGCCACCAACAGCAGCAGCAGCAGCAGCAGCAGCAGCAGCAGCAGCAAGGCCAUUGUGCGGCUGCUGUUUGCAGGUGUGGGGCCGCAGCAGCUCGAAAGCAGCUUCCAGGGCCCCCAGGCCUUCGGGCAAAAAGUGCACGAGGCAGUCGUGCAGGCUUUGGGGGUGGCAGCAGCAAGAGUGGCUCUGGAGGAGGUCUCCGUCAGCAGCAGCAGCAGCAGCAGCAGCAGCAGCAGCAGCAGCAGCAGCAGCAGCAGCGGCGGCGAGCAGCAGGUGGUCACCGUGCGGCUGGCGCUGCUGCCGGACCCGCAGCAGCCAGCAGCAGAACCUACAGCUAGCCAGCUAGCCACGGAGCUGCAGCAGCAGCUGCUGCUGCAGACUAGCCAUUUGGCCAGGCUGCUGUCUGCUGCUUUCCCGCUGCUGCCGCAGGCCACUACUGACACGGGGGCCCCCCUGGGGGCCCCCCUGGGGGCCCCGGGGGCCCCCCUAGAGGGUCAGGGGGCCCCCCUGGAGGGUCAGGGGGCCCCCCUGGAGGGUCAGGGGGCCUUGCUGGAGGGUCAGGGGGGCCCCCAGGGGGGCCCCCCGGGGGGCCCGGGGGGGCCCCCUGAGGGGCCCCCGGCGCUGCGGUCGGGCCGCGCCCCUGCUGCUGCUGCGAGCCCAGCAGCAGCAGCAGCAGCAACAACAGCAGCAGCAACAACAGCAGCAGCAGCAACGGGGGCCCCGCUGAGCUCGGGAGAAGCCACUGCAGCAAGAGAAGUGGGGCUGCACAGCGUGCUGCUGCUGCUGGGGGGAGCCUUUAUUUUGUGGGUUUGA